ACAAAAGUGCUUUUUAUUCUCUAAAGAGAGGAUCUUUUUUUCAGGACAACAUCUAUUUCAUUUAUAUUAGACUUUUCAUAUACUUUGUUAAGAAUUAAACGUUUAUUGUAAAAAAUAUUAAAGAUUUCAUGGAAACACGUUUAUUUAUUAAAGAAUAUAACAGUUUUUAUAAAGAAAACAAGGAGAAACUUAAAUCUUUAUGUAUUCAUUUGGAGAGUUAUACAAUAAACAUUGUAACUUUAGAAGAAAAAGAAAUUUUAGUUGAAUGGUCAAUAUUAGGAUGGACAAUCAUUAGCGUAGCAGGAAAAACCAAUGGUUUAAAAAAAAAGACAUAUGAGAGCCUUGAAACCCUUCUGAAACAUGUUAGUUUGGCAUUUGAUGAGCAAUGGAUUGGUAAUUUAUUGAAAAAAUUACUAAAAUAUGAAAAAAGAAACAGGAUAUUAAAUUAUGUACGAUAACGUUAUGUAAAAAGGAUGAAAUGAAACAAAUUAUGUUUUUAAAGA